UGAAGACUGGUGGUACCCUUGUGCAGUGAUGGCCAUGAUAAAGUCUUGGUGGGUGCCCUCCUGAUGCUGCUCUAGGCCUGCGCACUGCUCACCAGUGGACCAUGGCUGGUCUGGCCAUACCUGCUGUGCUGACAUCUAUUCCAUUGAUGUCAAUCCCAAUACUGCUCAGAGCUUCCUGCAGUCUCAGCUCCUGCUGGCAGUGUGGAGAUGGUGGCCACAACCUGAAUGGAAGGACAUGUUGAGGUUUGAGGACAAAAGGCCACUUCCCCUUGUGGGUUCGUGUGAGGCACAACAUAGAGUUUCUGAUAUGUCCAGCUUUCUUGUGCUCAGGCUUUUGUAGGUGUCCACGGUGGAUGCUCUGGAUGACGGACAUGCUCACAGCUGCAAAAGGGCAAGCAGUUCGUGAGCUCAAGAACAGGAGAGGGCAGAAGUGGCCGCUAAAGGGCUGUCAGCCAGUGUCAGGACCUCAGGCUUUGAGUAAAGUCAGGGUGGCCUCUCCCCUCUGCUUUUUCCUCCCUUAUUCUUUGUUCUACUUCCCUUUCCAGAAACAUGUGCUGGGCUGUGAACCUGAACAGGCGGCAGGGGUGCUCUGCCAACGAUGGGCUGUGCCCAGGCCAGCGAGUCAUGGCCAUGGCAUGCCUCAGCCACUUGGCUGUUUCUCACACAGCACAGCCCAUGCCAUUAGAAGAAAAGGGCUGGGUUCCUCGCUUGUAGCUCUCCGUGUUUGCUUUACAUGUGAAAAACAGAUUAUCCCAAGCCACUCGCUACAGAUUAACAGGUGGUAAUGCAAGAUGGUCUUCCCAGUCAGUUUUUUCACUGGCAGGCUGCAGGUUCGAUUACAAAGGAAGGACCAAUCUCUUUACUACUUACCUUGGAAGAUUGAGAAACCUGGGCACAAGCAUGGAAUAGUUUACACGGAGCCCCGGAGUCCAUGGAUGAUGAAGAGCGUGGAGACAGAUCAUGCAGGGAGACACCGGCUCUUCUUGUCAGCUCAGCGAUGACUGGGGUUCUGUGGAUGUUUUCAGGCUGUGGGCCCCCAAGCAAGAAGGAGGGCUUUUGGCUGCCUUCACUCUUCUUUCUCCAGGAGGCUGCAGAGUUCCAGGGCUCUGGACGUCACGGGCACCAUGCUUUGGGUCCUGGUGAGGGCUGUCCUCCCUGUCAUGCUGCUGGCUGCCCCACCGCCCAUCAACAAGCUGGCCCUGUUUCCGGACAAGAGUGCUUGGUGCGAGGCCAAGAACAUCACGCAGAUUGUGGGCCACAGCGGUUGUGAGGCCAAGUCUAUCCAGAACAGGGCGUGCCUGGGACAGUGCUUCAGCUACAGCGUCCCCAACACCUUUCCGCAGUCCACAGAGUCCUUGGUUCACUGUGACUCCUGCAUGCCGGCCCAGUCCAUGUGGGAGAUUGUGACCUUGGAGUGUCCUGGCCACGAGGAGGUGCCCAGGGUGGACAAGCUGGUGGAGAAGAUUGUGCACUGCAGCUGCCAGGCCUGCGGCAAGGAGCCCAGUCACGAGGGCCUGAGCGUCUACGUGCAGGGUGAAGAUGGCCUGGGCUCCCAGCCUGGACCGCACCCCCACCCCCACCCCCACCCCCACCCCGGUGGCCAGACCCCCGAGCCCGAAGAACCUCCUGGAGCCCCUCAGGUUGAGGAAGAGGGGGCUGAGGACUGAGGGCCUCCAACUCUUCCUCCCCUCUUGUCCCCUGUGGAAUGUCGGGUCCCACCCUCCAGGGAAGAGGGAGGGGAGAGGCGGAAGUCCCCCCCCACACCCCCUUUGGCACUGGAUGGACUUGGAAUGCUGCCCGGUUGUCAUGGAGAUCCAAAGGGAGGGGCUGUAGCUAAGCUGCACAAUUUAAUAUAUGCAAGAUGGGGGGGGGGAGAGGAAGCAGACAUUCUCAGGGCUCUUUUUUGGAAGGUGAAGUGUGGAGCUUUGCUUUCUAGAGAUGGGUCCUUGGGAUGGAGAGGAAGUGGGCUGAGCUGCUGAGGAUGAGCAAGACCCUCAAACAGGCAGGCCCAGGCCAGGGUCCACACAACUCCUGAUGGGGCAGGAUCCCCAGGGAUGGGCAGAGGGUGGGUACCACGACAGCAUCCUCUUUGCGGGAGGGUCUGAGCUAGGAAGACUGUCGGCAGAAGCAGGAAGCUCCAGCCCCUGUAGAUUUCCCUAAGGUCUCCUUCACCUCCCACCUCCAGGAAAGCAUCCCCUUCAUUGGGGUGGUUUAGGGGUCAGGCUGGGGCAGGACCUCGCUGACUCAGGUGCCAGAGCAUCACUGAAGAAGAAAGGCUAUCCUUCCUGUCUCUCUCCCUCCAGAGAUCUUAGCACUCUGCCUGCCAUGUUCUGGACCCUCUGUCGUUGGGGCGGGUCUUUCUGAACGAGGUGAUGCUUCGUUUAUUUCCAUCACCUGGGACCAUAGUGGACAGGAGGCCCCCGCGUAGGGCCCCUGCUGACCUUGACUUUCUCUAGCUCCCCAUUCUUCCCUCUCCUCCCGUCUGCACUUUAACCCUAGGGCAGGGCAGGUAGUGAGGAAGAGCACUCUGUCUCUGAUGUGUUGGCACCAUUGUUUGUGUCCAGGGGGGCUGCUAGCUCACCCCCUACUUGGGGGUGCCCCAGCCCAUGGCUGUUUGACGAGAGCCUUCAAGCUUGUAACCAGUAGCCCAUUUCCCCUGAACCCAAGUAUUUUCAUGAAUAAAUACCUUCAAUGCCUCCA